AUGUCUGUCCUCCCCGCCGAGGUCCACACGGCGCUGGCGACCCUGCUGCAGGGCCUCCAGUCGCCGGAUAACAUUCAGCGCACGGCUGCCGAGCAGCAGUUGAAUGACGAGUGGGUUGCUCAGAGGCCCGAGGUGCUCUUGAUGGGCCUCUCGGAGCAGAUCGAGCUGGCGCAGGAUACCUCAACACGGACGUUCGCCGCCGUCAUCUUCAGGCGACAGUCGUCGAAACCGCGAAAGGCGCCCUCAGGCCAGACCGCCGACCUCUUCUUGACCCUCAACGCCCCCGAGCGCGAAGCCAUACGCGCGAAGUUGCUCCAUUGCCUCGCCAACGAGACGGACAACUCAGUGCGCACCAAGGUUGGAGAUGCUGUUGCCGAACUCGCACGUCAGCACACAGAUGAAGGCGUUGCAUGGCCGGAGCUUCUGGGCGCGUUGUUCCAGGCAAGCCAGUCCGCAGACCCCGCGCAGCGCGAGAACGCCUUCAGGAUAUUCUCGACAACCCCGCAGAUCAUCGAGAAGCAGCAUGAGGACGUAGUCUUAACUGCUUUCAAGGGCGGCUUCGCCGACAGCGAGACAUCGGUCAAAAUCGCAUCCGUCGAAGCCUUCGCGUCCUUCUUCCGCUCAAUCACCAAGAAGGCCCAGUCCAAAUACUAUUCUCUCGUCGGAGAGAUCCUCAGUAUUCUACCCCCGAUCAAGGAGUCUGGCGAUGCAGAGCUCCUCACAAAGGCCCUCAUCUCGCUCAUUGACCUUGCCGAAGUUGCGCCCAAGAUGUUCAAGCCUCCGUUCAACGACCUCGUUCAGUUCAGCAUUUCCGUUAUCCAGGACAAGGAUCUAGGAGAGACGGCUCGGCAGAACGCGUUGGAACUCAUGGCGACCUUCGCGGACAACGCGCCUCUGAUGUGCAAGAAGGAUGCCAACUUCACCAAUGAUAUGGUUACUCAAUGUCUGUCUUUGAUGACCGACGUUGGAGCUGACGAUGACGAUGCUGAGGAGUGGAACGUGUCAGAAGACUUGGAUGAAGAAAGCGACUCGAACCAUGUGGCUGGUGAGCAGUGUAUGGAUCGCCUGGCAAACAAGCUCGGUGGACAAGCCAUUCUGCCUCCGACGUUCAACUGGCUUCCGCGCAUGAUGACUUCUUCGGCGUGGCGCGACAGGCACGCUGCUCUCAUGGCGAUAUCAGCCAUCUCCGAGGGUUGUCGCGAGCUGAUGGUUGGCGAGCUUGACAAAGUCCUGGAUCUCGUAUUGCCUGCGCUCCGAGACCCCCAUCCACGAGUGCGAUGGGCCGCUUGCAAUGCUGUCGGACAGAUGUCGACUGACUUUGCCGGUACCAUGCAAGAGACGUACCACCAGGUCGUUCUCCCCAACAUCAUCCCUGUCUUGGAGUCUUCGGAGCCUCGCGUGCAGGCGCACGCUGCUGCUGCUCUAGUCAACUUCUGCGAGGAGGCUGAGAAGAACAUCCUUGAGCCAUACCUCGACCAGCUGCUUAACCACUUGCUCAUGCUUCUGCAGAGCCCCAAGCGUUUCGUACAGGAACAGGCCCUGUCUACUAUUGCCACCGUUGCGGAUUCCGCAGAGGCUGCCUUCUCCAAGUAUUACGACACGCUUAUGCCUCUUCUCUUCAAUGUCCUACAAGAGGAGCAGUCCAAGGAAUACCGACUUCUCCGUGCCAAGGCCAUGGAGUGCGCGACGCUUAUCGCUCUCGCUGUCGGCAAGGACCGUAUGGGCCAAGACGCACUCAACCUUGUACAGCUGCUCGGACGGAUCCAGAACAGCGUUUCCGAGGCCGAUGACCCGCAAGCAUCCUAUCUCCUCCACUGCUGGGGCCGCAUGUGCCGUGUUCUAGGACGGGAGUUCGUUCCUUUCCUUGCUGGUGUCAUCCCACCACUGACCGAGCUUGCUGGAGCCAAGGCUGAUAUCCAACUUCUUGACGACGAGGAACAAGUUGCCCAGAUCCAAGAUGAAGAAGGCUGGGAGUUGGUUCCGCUCAAGGGCAAGGUUAUUGGAAUCAAGACCAGCAUCCUUGACGACAAACACAUGGCUAUUGAGCUCAUUGUCAUUUACGCGCAAGUUCUAGAGGACGCUUUCGAGCCCUACGUCAACGACAUCAUGGAGAAGAUCGCGCUCCCAGGUCUAGCUUUCUUCUUCCACGACCCCGUGCGAGUGGCAUCAGCCAAGUGUGUUCCAGCGCUGUUGAAUGCGUACAAGAAGGCCCACGGUCCGGAAUCUACACAACUGAGCGAGCUGUGGGGACGCACCGUCGAGCGUGUCCUCGAAGUGCUCAGCACUGAGCCCGCCAUUGAUACCCUCGCCGAGAUGUACCAAUGCUUCUACGAGUGUUUAGAGUGCAUUGGCCGCAACUGCCUCACCAACGCACAUAUGACGACCUUCAUUGAGUCCGCUAGAAGCGUGCUUCAAGACUACCACGUACGCGUAAAGGAACGUCUAGAGGAGCAGGCCGAGAAUGAUGAUGGUGAGGAAGCUUCGGAAGAUCUGUUGUUUGCCAUAGAAGACGACCAGACGCUCCUCUCAGACAUGAACAAGGCGUUCCACAGCAUUUUCAAGACCAUGGGCACAGCGUUCUUGCCUUACUGGGCUGAACUAACCCAAUUCUAUAGCUUGUCCGCUGCUAACCCAGACCCCACUCAACGCCAGUGGGCGAUUUGCAUCUACGACGAUGUGCUCGAGUUCUGUGGACCAGAGUCGUGGCAAUACAAGGACCAAAUUAUCCAACCUCUCAUCGAUGGUAUGCAAGACGACGUCCCUGCCAAUCGCCAGGCAGCAGUAUACGGAAUUGGUGUUGCAGCUCACAAGGGUGGAGAGAACUGGUCCGAAUUUGUUGCGGCCUCCCUGGAGACGCUCUUCCAGGUUACACAGAGACCAAACGCUCGCGCGGACGACGACAUUUUCGCGACAGAGAAUGCUUCGGCUGCAAUUGCCAAGAUCCUACACUACAAUGCAAGCAAGGUCGCAAACUGGGACAGUGUCGCCGCUGCCUGGAUGGAUACACUUCCCAUCACCAACGACGAAGAGGCUACACCAUACGCCUAUGCCUUCCUAGCUCAGCUGAUUGAACAACAAAACCAAGCUGUGUUCUCUCAACCCGCAAAGGUCUUCAACUACGUUGUGCAAGCCCUGGAGGCCGAAACUCUGCAAGGACAGACCGCGAACCGCGUUGUCGCAUCCGUGAAGGCUCUGAUCCAGGCGACCAGCACCGAUCUUGGCCAGGCUGCCGCGACUUUGACACCAGAGCAGCAGCGUACUGCGCAAGCCUACUUCAGCUAG